AUGCCUAACCCGAUCAACCUCAUCCGCCGUUCAAAGGCAAGUCUGACUAAACUACUCAAAGUUGCUCAGACGACCAAGGCUUAUGUCCGAGAAAAGCUUCGACUACCAGGAGCGUCUGCACCACGGUUUACAGUCGGCACAGAUGCCUCUGUAGAUUAUGCGGAUACUAUCUCUCCAAUGAGUUCGCCAAUUCGUCCGCCAACGCCUUAUCCUGGUGGUCCAGUGUUAAGAAACCCGAUCGUAAACUAUACUGUGGGAUCCAGCAUUGCCGACAUGUCGACCAAUGUCUCAACCAUGGAUCAUCCAGUUCUUCGUCGCACAACUCGCCGCAUCACAAUCGGUGGCUCAUCCGCUCCUGCUGGUUCGAGCUCUUCUCCUCUAGCUACAACUUCACAACAUGUUGGAGGUACCGGCUCCUCUUCAGCUGCUGCAACCACAAGACGUGUUGUCAUCAUUGGCUCCUCUACUACUGCAACUCCAAGUGCUCUUUCUCCACUGAUCUCUUCCAGUCUUCCACUACCGAAUCCGGCUAUGUCUCCUCGGUCUCUCAGACUCGCCCGCCGCGACGUCAACCGAAUGUGGAGAAUGCGGAUGGCCCAAGCAAGGAACCGCGCAUCUUUCCCUGCUAGAUAUGCUUUCAGACCAGCUCAAGAGUACUACCUCAAACCAGCACGUUGCAAUGAACAGGCCGGUUCACAGGCUCUUACUCACGAUAUCGGCACACAGACGUAUCCGACGACACACGAUCAAGGCACACAGACGUCGCCACAGGUUCAUGAGGAGACUGCAAAGUCAACUCCAUCGGCUCUUUCACCUCGGCACCUCCCAUCUGGCGGCUCAAGUGCAGAUACUCCAUGCGGCUCUCCAUUCUGGGGUGCUCCGUUGCCACGAAAGCGUGCUCGGGAAUUCGUCAAAGGAUGCUGGCGCUUUGAAGAUCCAUUCGUCAUGUCUCCUCCACACUGGCGAGCUCUCGGCCCUGUCAUGGAGCAACCGUCUAUUCCUCAGCAAGCACCACUUACACAAGCAGUGUCAGCUCCUCAGGAGGUUCAAGUCAACCAGAUUACCAACUCGCGAAGCGCCGUAGCCCCUCCUGCCCCGCGGCCUGUUUCCUCCAGCCACGACGCUCGACGCUGGUCGGACUUUGACUCAGACGAGAUGUCAAGCACUGGCAGCAAACGCCUCGUCCGCAUGGCCUCGAAUGGUUGGGUAAUUCAGCAUGGUGAAGUAUCUGCAGAAGCCCCUGCUCAAGGCACUUCAAGUGGUGAACCAGCAGCUCCAGCUGAUGAUACUCGCCAUUGUAUGGACACGUCAUCUCGUGCGUGGUCCGAAGGCUCUUCGGAUGAGCACGUCAAUACCGAACACCAGCCCUUUGUCAGUAUCGACUCGCAGCAAUCGAAACUCCGCCCACAGGACAGUGUUUCCCAUCAAGAAUACGUCCAGACCCCUGAACAGCAUGCACACGGUCAGCCUCUCGGUGCUCGCACUCCUGCCGCAGUACAAUACGAUCCCCUUGCCCCAUACGGUCCAGUCUACAUCACUCCUGGUCAAGUCCUGCUCACAGACGAAUAUCGUGGCGAAUGGGACUCGCAGCCGCAAAACCGCCGUGACCCAUUCGACCUGCACUUUGGUGGUGAUCCUCGCCUGGACGCCGUGUACGCUGCUGCAGAGCAGUACGACAGUCUAUACCGCGAAAACCGUGCUCUGAUGCACAAUAACAACGUGUCCACCUGGAAAGUCACCGUUCUCGAGGGUGAACUCCUACGCCGCACUCGGCAAGCACAGGAACAAGAAGCAGAAAUCCUGUUUUUGAGAUCCAGAUUGGAGGAGUUUGAGCGGGAGUCGUCUGUGGUGCACAACGAGCUUUCAUCAGUGGUUGAGAGUGAGGAAACUUCAGACAUGUAUGGGCCUUAA